UGUUGCUUUGCAGGGGCACAAAUGGCGGGCGCUGCGGCAAGGAGACGCUGCCGGAGCUGAACAUGACCCGAAUCUCGCUGGGCCGGUGGCCGGGAAUGCUGCAGCCGGCGUUUGGGGGACCGGAAUCGGCCGUCGUCAGGGACCUGCGUCUGCGUGUGAUGAACGUGACGCAGAUGACGGCGCACAGGAGGGACGGCCACCCGGCGGUGUACAAUGUGGAGCCGUCGGCGAGGAUGCCGGUGGGGCAGAGGGAGGACUGCAGCCACUGGUGCCUGCCGGGUGUGCCCGACGCGUGGAACGAGCUCCUCUACGCCAUGGUUCUCGCCAGGCUUUCUUAG